UCUCUCUCAGUCUGGAUAAAGAUAAGGCUCUCUUUAUAUUCCAUUUUUCGUCCCCCUUUCUCUAUCUAAAUAAACACUCAAAUAGCAGUAUCAGUUUUUUCUCUCUAUAACUUGCCUUUUAGAUAUGUCGAUUGUGUUGGGAAGAAAUAAUUCAAGUGAUCAUCGGAUCAAACCUUCUGGAUUCACCGCCCACGAAAUGACCUCUAUGCCGAUCUAUAACUCGCCGGAAUUCGGCAUCGGAGAUCCUCGGGACGAUCGAAGUUCUUCUUUCUCAUCUUCUUCCUCUUCUUCAUCGAUCGGAAGAAAUAGUGAUGACUCGCCGGCCGGUAGAUCAUCAUCGGACGGGGAUGGCGAAGAAGUACAGAGUUCAUUUAAACCUGGAGGUUUGGACAAUUUGGGGACCUUAGAGGAGGUUUUACCUAUCAAGAGGAGCAUAUCAAAGUUUUAUGCUGGUAAAUCUAAAUCUUUUACCAGUCUAGCAGAUGCGGCUUCAAUUUCCUCUGUGAAAGAAAUUGUCAAGCCAGAGGAUGCAUACACCAGGAAACGCAAGAAUCUGCUUGCGCACAACAAUUUCUUUGGCAAAAAUCGUAGUUAUCUCCCAGGUAUGGGUAAUCGUGGGAUUUACAAGAGACCGAUCAACUCUAGAAGUUCAUCAGCUCUAGCUGCAAGUGUGAGCUGCUCUGACAGUUCCGAGUCUUUGAACUCAAGCCCAUCAUCGCCUUGUCUCACUCGUCCUCCUCUUCCUCCGCAGACACGAAGGUAUAGGAAUGAGUCGUCAUUAUCUCCUCCUGACCGAAAAUUGAAUGCAUGGAGGUCUUUCUCCUUAUCUGAUCUACAAGGUGCUGCUGCUGCUGCUCCCAGCUUGAUGGGAAUAAGGAAAUAAAAGACAAUAGUUGUAUUCUGUGUCACCCUAUGAAGACAAACUCAGAUUUGUUUACAUGGUGGUUGGCUUACUUAUUGAAUCGGUCAUAGGUUUGGUUUUUGUCUCUGGCUGUCUGCCCAUUGUAAUUAUUGUUCUGCCCACCGUCUGGUCAUGUUAUCCUAACAAUAUUACUUUUUUCAGUACACAUUUUAAACCUUUGCAUUCCUUGUUUCUUAAAUGUGUUGUCUUGCGUCAUUGGAUAAAAGCUGAAAAAGGAUCAUGGUGUAAGGCUCUUUUGUCCACCCUCUGCGCCCUGUGUCUUGUACUCUUGUUCAAUGCUGUUGAGAAUGGGUGCUUAAAGUGCCAGGCAGUGCAUCAUCAUCAGAUGAAUAAGUGGAGAUGUUUGUUUUGGUA